UGGAAGUGUUUGUCAUUUGACGUAAACAAUCAAAAAAAUAUUAAAAACAAUAACUUAUAUUAUGUACUUUGCGUAGAAAGAGUUUUUCUAUGGUUCUCUGUUAAAAAUUGACUUCGAUAAACUAUAAAUGGCCAAAAAAUUGCGUACUUCCAUAGCUUGAACCCCUUGGUAGUGACCUGAAUUCUUCAAAAUGUUUAACAGUAGCUUGUUGUAUGAAAAACGGCCCCUCAAAAAGCCCCGGAUUGGGCCUCCGGAUGUGUACCCACAAGAACCCAAACAGAAGGAAGAUGAGUUGACUAGUACCAAUGUUAAACAUGGGUUCCCCAUUAUGACCCAUCUCAGCGAUGAAUUUGGGACUGCAAGAAACUGCAAUGUUACAGCAAGCAAAGUUGGUGCGUAUUUCAAUGCAAUCAUCGCUAAAAAAGAGGAGCUUAGUAUGCUCCCUGAUUCAGGACGUAAAAGACAACAGAUAAAUCCUAAGGACAAUUUCUGGCCAGCCACUAUAAGAACAAAAAAUCACAUUGAAGCAUGGUUUAAAGAUUUAGCUGGCAACAAGCCUUUAAUGAAUCUAGCUAAGAAAGCUCCAAACUUCAACAAAAAAGAAGAAAUAUUUAUGAUGCUCUGUGAAAACCAAGUCCCAAUGAUUAGAGCAGCUUGGUUUAUUAAAUUGAGCUCAGCUUAUACUGUAGCUGUGUCUGAAGCUAAAAUUAAGAAAAGACAAAUGACUGAUCCUACAACCGAAUGGACAGGAACUUUGCUAAAGUUUUUAAAAGAUCAAAUACCUAAAUUGCAAGAUCACUAUACCACAGUGGAAAAAUUACCCCCUCCUCCUGUUACUCCAGUUCCAACUUUAACUCCAACAUUGACCAAUGAAACUGAACAGAAAUUAGCUAUUAGAUAUUGGGAUUAUUGCAAAAGACUUUUAAAGUAUAUGUAUGAGGAAGGGCUGAUGGACAGGCAAGAAGUUUUAACUUGGAUUAUAGAAUUAUUAGAGAAAAAUAAAGCUCCAUCUAAUGAUGAUGGUCUUUUAAGAAUAUACCUUAAUAUUGUUUUGCAAUAUUUGGAUGAAUUUGUGCAAUCUGAGUUACUUUCGAGAAGGUUAUCUUUAUGCUGUGCCAAAAAGUUGGGAGAUAUGUUAAAUAUUAAUGAUAAUAAUUUGAUAACAUCACCAGCCAGUGAGACUAUCAAAACUGAACCUAAAGAAGCUGACAAAGAUAAGAAGGAAGCUGCUGGAGCCAAUCCUGUACAAUUAAGUUUAAUGGAAUAUCAAAACUGUCCACAUCAUAGAGAUAUAGUUCUUCAAUUGAGCAUGAUAAUCCAAACAAUCACUUUGGAAUGUCCCACUUCUUUGGUGUGGUGUGGGGCUGGGAUUGGUACCAUUUGGCAUGGUUCCCCAUUGGAUAACAUACCAAUGGUGCCUUCAUCUUUGCCCACACCAGCCCGUUGUGAUAUGGUAACAUACAGGAAACAAUUGGUUUUUGCUGAAAAUUGCAUAAGAGAGAGAAGCAAGAAAGCUGAAGGGAAAUGGUGCACUGAAAAAUGGCAGGCAGCUUCAGCUGAAAGUUUACAAGAAACCCUUCUGGAUGUUACAGAAAUACUUUGUUUAGGUACAAUAACUACAAGAGUUCUCGCUGCUUUGGAUGCAUUAGAUCGUCACAGAUUCGAUAAAAUGGACUCGUCCAACUCAUUGGACACACUCUACACUAAAGUAUUUUCUGGCAAUCCAGACCAAGAAAGCGCAGUUGUCAAGUUGCUUUGCGAGUGGGCCGUUUCGCCGGAAAGAACCGGCGAGCACCGAGCUUUGGCGGUGGCGGCGCUGCUGGAUAGGAGGCAGUCGGACUCCAACGCCACCGGCGACCAGGAAGCCGCCUCCGGCGACGAUAAGGACUCCACCAGUUCGAUGCCGGGCGGACCGCCAAUGUUUCAGUCUUUUCUGAUGAAAUUCCUGGACAAUGAUGCUCCAGUCUUGGCUCCAGACGACUGUUCGCAAAAAAAGACGGCAUUUUCAAACCUGGUUCACCUAUUUUCCGAACUUGUUAGAAGAGAUGUCUUUUCCCAUGACGCUUACAUGUGUACAUUAAUAUCAAGAGGAGAUCUUCUUGGACAUGAAGAGACCCCUGAUCAUAAUCAACAUUUUCCCACAAAAAUUGAGCCUAUGGAUUAUGACGACGCCAACAUCGACCACGACCUCGGCCAAAUACUUCAGAACAUAAAAGAAGACCAGCAGAACUCCAUGGACGUGCCGGACAGUCCCAAAGACCACGAUCACGUGCACCACGCGCACGUGCCCUCUUCCAUGGGACACGUUCCCAUGGAAACCGAUCACGGCCACAAAGUAAAGCACUCGCGCCAUCUGUUAUACACCACGCACUUCCCGCUGUCCCAGGACGAUUCUUUUUCGCAGCACGAUUGCAAUCAGAGGCACGUCUUGUUGUAUGGAGUGGGAAAGGUUCGCGAUGAAGCAAGACACACUGUGAAGAAAAUGUCCAAAGAAAUCUGCAAGUUAUUCUCGAAAAAAUUCUCGGUAGACGUGGCAGAGGGGGGUAAAGUGAAAAAGCACUCGCGCAACGAGUUCAAUUUCGAAGCCACCACGCAGAAAUGUCAAAGUUUGAGUUACUUUGACCAACACGUCGUGACUUGGCAAUGCAGCGUCACCGUAAUCGAAAUGUUGAAUUCAUUUGCGACCGGCAAUUCGAACUAUUUACCUGUGCAAGAGCACGUGGCAUUCUUAUUCGAUUUGAUGGAGUUAGCUUUGAAUAUCUACGGGCUUAUUGAUGUUUGCAUACAAAUUUUAAAGGAGCUACCCGAAGUUGAAACUCAAUUACACAACAAAAACUCUGUUCUGAGCAGGAACUACACGACCUCUUUGAGCUUGUAUGUGGUGGGAGUCUUAAGAAGAUAUCAUUGUUGUCUUUUAUUAUCUCCCGCGCAAACCUCUGCAGUUUUUGAAGGCCUUUGUAAAGUUGUUAAGCACGUAUCAAAUCCAGGCGACUGUAGCUCAGCGGAAAGAUGUAUUUUAGCCCACCUAUACGACUUAUACUCGUCUUGUAGCCUGUUAAAAUCCAAACCCCACACCGUAGAACCGUUCGGUAACGCAUAUCCGAAAAUACGACAAGCGUUGUACACCGCGAUACAACCCACGCCAAGCAGCAAUUACAUCUACAACACGCAGUUUAUGCAGGAAGUGUUUUCGAAUCCCAGGCGAGGCGGCAGAAUCGAGAGCAGCUGGGCCAAACAGUUGAACGAAAACGGAAAUAAUCGGUAUUCUUUUGUCAGCAACGCCGUGAUAAACGUGUGCAGAGAAAAUGAUAACGAAAGGUUGAACGACUUGGCAAUAAUGUGCGCAGAAAUGACGGCUUGUUGUAACUCGCUGGCCUCGGAGUGGUUAGGAGUGUUGUUGGCACUUUGUAGUCCCAUGUCUAAUCCGGGGUAUUAUACUGAGGUUUUGGCACAACUGGACACACAGGAUGUGACUAUUCACAAUGCAUUGGCAGUGUUUACAUGUAUUUUAAUAGCAAGGCAUUGCUUUUUACUGGAAGAUUUUGUUGGAAGAGUGGCUCUUCCCAGUUUGUUAAAGGUAAAAAGUCUAGACAACGGAGGCGGCGCAGCCGAGGCGGGCAUGCGCCUCACUUGCCAUCUGCUGCUGCGCUUGUUCCGAACCGCCGAGGGUCCGCAACCCGGCCUCUAUUCGGUCGGUUCGCCGCCCCUCACCGCUCCGCGCCCUCCUCUGGGCGUGCGCCUUAGCUGCGACCGCCACUUGUUGGCGGCGGCGCACCGUAACAUCCACGUGGGACCGGUUUUGGCGGUGCUGAAGGCGGUUUUGAUUGUGGGCGAUGCCACGGCCAAAGAAGGAACCGAAUUAAGUUUGUCCAACAUUUUGGGGACCAGCGAUUUACACGGGGUGGACGGGCCCAAUUUGGAUCUUGCCCGUAAGUUGAAAUUGGUUGUUUCUGUUCCAAUCAGUGUUGACAUGGAAGUUUGCGGAUCCAGGACGUCGCAUAGACAAUCUAGCACCGGCAACGCAGAGAGCACGGCCUCUUUGUCGGCAUUCGCAAAUCACGUCCUAAGAGAAAUUUGCUCGCAACAAUGGGUGUUGGAACGUUGCCUUUCGCAUCCGGAAGAACUGUGCGAAAUGGACAACCUGCUGGACCCUUUGCUGUCGCACUCGCAAGCUCAAAGAUUGCUGCACAUGAUCUGCUAUCCAGAUGCUGGGUCUAACAUUGACGAUUUAGACCAAAAAAGCAUGAUCAGUCGAAUCUUGGAGAACCUUGAACAAUGGACUCUAAGAAUGUCGUGGCUGGACCUCCAACUAAUGUUCAAGCAAUUCAGCUUAAACUCGCCGGAACUAUCGCACUGGCUGGAAACCGUAGCUAAAGCUGCCAUAGACGUGUUCCAAUUGAACGCGCCCAGCAACCCAACGCCGAAAACGGAAGAUAAAAAAGGCGAGAAGAAAAAUUUGCAAUCUUCGAUUUGGUUGGUCGCACCGUUGGUGUCGAAGCUACCCAGCGCUGUACAGGGGAGGGUUUUGAAGGUGGCCGGCCAAGUUUUGGAAGGUGGGGGUUGGGUGAGGGAGCAGAAGAACAAAUGCAGGAGCAGCGGCGAUAAUCAAAUUUUGCUGACGCAUCAGCCCUUCCUGACUUUGGUGCUGACUUGUUUAAAAGGACAAGAGGAAGGCCAGAGGGAAGGAUUAUUGUCCUCUCUACAUCAGCAGUUAUCUCAGCUGGUACAAUUAGCAAAAGAAGGCAAUCUGCAAGAUAUAUGUAACAACGACAGGACCCUGGACGGGCUUCAGCUGCGGUUCGCCCUAGUGGGAGGCGUAUUCGAGGCAUUCCAACGCAAUCACUCCGCCACAACCGAUUGGGCCCUCUUGCUAGUACAAUUAGUAACAUACGGAUUAAUAGACCUUCACACGCACAACGAACUUUUCACGACGGUCAUAGACAUGUUGGCCACGUUGGUUCAUUCUGCCUUGGCAACUGACAGUCAGGACGAAGGCAGGAAGAUGUACCAGAAUUUGAUGAAGAAAUUAAAAAAGGAGGUCGGGGAACGAUCCAACGCUUCGAUGUUGCACAUAAAACAAUUGCUGCCUCUGCCGAGAAUUACCACUGAAGUUAUAGCGGUAGAGUCGAUAGGGGGCAUUACUGACAGUAAGGGCAACAAGAUAAGCUUUGACAAUGUGGAUAAGAAACACGAACUACAAGUAACUGACAAACAAAGAGUGAUAACUUGGGAUAUCUUGGAAGGAAUGAAAAAUCCAGCUCCGCUAUCUUGGUCUUGGUUUGGCGCCGUACGGCUGGAACGAAAACCGUUGGCUUGCGAAGAUACUCACAGGUUAUUAAAAUUCCACACACACAACCUGCAGAAACCUGUUUCACACUAUUUGGAUCCUCCCCCACUACCUCCAGAGGACUUGGAACCAAUUCCUGACAAACCUGCCGACACGCCCUCCUCGGUGGACCAGAGCCCGGCGGGCACCGUGGGCAAAGGCAGAGGCAAGGGCCGCAAACCGCGCACCAAGAAAACGGCCCCCGGACAGCAGAUGCACAUGAACCCGAUGAUGGGACAGUCGCCGUUGGGACAGGCGCAACCCGGGAUGCCGGGCAUGCCGAUGCAGGCGGGCGCGCCGGCGAUGGGUCACGGCUUGGCCGGGGGCUACGGCCAGCAGCCCGCCGGCAUGCAGCAGGGGCAGCAGUACGGCCCCGGCUCGGGGCAUCAGCAGUGGUACAACCAGAAUCAGCAGCAGCAGCAGCAGCCGUUCUAUCCUCAGAUGCCAGUAAACCGUUUAGAACGUCCACAAAUAAAUCAAUCAAAACAGGCCCUGUCUGCUAUGCUAAGACAGAGACACCCACCGCACCAUCAGUUUAUGCCUGGUAUGCAAAAUACCCCAGCUGCUCCGCAACAGCCUACUAACUACGGUCAAAUUCAACGAGGAUUCCCGAGACAAGCAAUCAGACAGCCGCACCCCAACAUGCAAAACCAGGGAAUGUUCCAGAACUACGGUAUGUCCCAGCAGAGCGGCAUGAGCCAGCAAGGCGCGAUGCCGCAGCAGUACAACAAUUACGCCGGAAAUCCGCAGCAAAUGAUGCAAAACAACAUGGCGAACAACCAACAGAUGAUGCAACCGAAUCAAAGCAGCAUGUUUGCCGCGCAGCAGCAAGGUUUCGCGCAGUCGCGGCCUGCGCAGGGCGACUACAGGCAAAUGAGCCAAAACCCCAGAGCGCCCUACAUGCAGCAAGCCCCAAAUGUCACCAUGAACACCAACAUGCACCAGAUGGGCGGCAUGGCAGGUCAAGGGGGGCCUGCACCGCCCUACUCGAGAACCGGUGCCCAAGGUAUGCAACCCGGCGUGCAGAACCAGCAGUUCCAGCAGCAACAGCAGAGAAUUAGACAGCAGAUGAUGGCGAUGCAGCAACAAGGAGGACCGCAGGGAUCUCAACCUUCGCCUGCUUUGGUGGCGCACUUGCAAAGGCAACAAAUGAAUCCUAAUCCAUAUAAUCAACCGCCCCCAUAUGGUGGUAUGCCCUAAGUAUUACGUUUCGCUUCUUUAACCAGUGAUAUGUAACUUCCUAUCUAUUAUAAUGUAACAGGUCUUAAAUAGGAUUUUGAGGUGCGGUACAUACAUAUAUGUAUGUACCUCACCUUAAAAUGCCUAUUUAUGUAUGACUUGUUUUACAA